AAUUGACUCUCAAUUUGCUUUGGGACUCGGAUAAAUGGCAAACGCACUGCCUAGUGCAGCUUCACAAGUGGAGCAACUCAUCUUUGACCACUUAAGGACAGCUGCCACUCCAAAGAAGGCCUGUGAGAUUGCCUGUGCAUGUUCAGUUACAAAACAGGAAGUCAACAAAGUGCUGUACAAGCUGUGCCAGGAGGGAAAGGUUGAGAAGCAGAGUGACGAUAACAAAUGGGUUAUCCGUGUGGACGCAGAGGUGGAAUGUCAUCAGAAAACCACCGAGUUGAAAAUCGAUGAUACCACCCUAAUCCCACUGCAGCAGCCUGUGAAUGCUGUGACUCCUGUGAAAGAUGACCGCAAACUGUCAGAAAAACAGGAAAAGAUUUACCAGUUUCUGUUAGAAAAUGGACCUCACAGUGCAUUAGCCAUUGCCAAACAUAUGGGAAAGAAGACCCGAAAGGAAGUCAAUGCAGAUUUAUACGCGCUGCAGAAAAAACAUGUCCUCAGCCAGGAAGAAGACACAAAGUUUUGGUCGGUUUAUGGACAGGGUGCAGGUUACAAACCAACAAAUCCUGGAGCAAAUAAGGAAGCUGUGCCAGUUAUUAUUCAGAAUAAUCCAACAAACAUUAUCUAUCAGGGAGGAGUGCAAAACACCAUCUCUAUAGCUGAUUCCAGAGCUACUCAAAUUGGAAACUACAACUCACUGAAUCUAGUGGAUAAAAAAGAUGAUUCUAGACCAACUGUUCCAAGUCUUAGGGCUGCAUUAGAGAAUGCUGAUGUGUUGCACUGUGAAGCAGAAGCUAAAGCAACCCCCCAGGGUGGUCAGAAAAUUGAUGUCACUCAGUCCACACUCAAGAAUACUGUCAUUGGUAAUGAUAAUCAAAUGAAUAUCAUUACGAAGGACUUCACUGAUAGUCGAGAGGAGCAUCUGGACCAAUAUGGCACUCCAGAAAAGAAUCCAUUUGGUGACAUUCUUUCUGCCAGCCCUGGAUCAUCACUGAAAAUUGUUAACACGCCCCUCCCUGGGGAAGGGAGAGCUCCAUUGCAAAGCGUCAGCAUUGUCAAGUCAGAGAUGGAGAACGUCAUGAUCGGAAACAACAACCAAAUGAGUGUUCAUGAGCAAUGUGGUUCUGCCGGCCUCGCAGAUGAGGAGACAAAUGAGGAAGACGAUGCUUCAGAUUCCAACUUGAUAUCGGAGCAAAGCGAACGGACAUCCUGUGAUGAUAGCAGCCUGGAUCAGUCAAGUGACAUUUCCAUCCUUUGUGAAAAGUUACAAGAGGUAAUCAUUGGGAACAACAACUAUAUGAAUGUAGAAGAAACUGCAGAUACUGAGAGUGGUGAAGGAGAUGAAGACAUUUAAUAGAUAUGUGGGGAAAGCGAAGAUCUUGCUUCUGAGGCCCAUGCAGAAAUUCACAAACGUGAGCAGGUAGAGGUAAAGAAACUUGCUAAUUCUAAUUCUAAAAGGAAGAUAUUUUCUGUGAUUUACAGACAAUAAAUGGAACAGGACACACUGUUCUCUGCCUGCUCAAAGUGUUGAAAAGCAAACAGGAUCCCUAUAUCUUUCCUUAGGGAGUUCUUCUGCAAGAGAAAGAAAAGUAACAGGGAGUGAAUCAAUUUUAUGCUCACUGUGAACUUUCAGAGCCCUUGCACCAUCAUAAACCUUGAAUCCACCCAGGACUUGGAAAUCUUGUGCUCUGGCAAGUGACGAAUUUCAAAUGGCAGCUGCUGUAAAACUCUGAACUACUUUGCACCAUCAUUCUGCUGGUAGGCUCCCAGGCAAGUUGCUAACUGGAGGCGACGGCCCAGCAUGAGUUAUGACUCAAUUUGAUGGAGAGAGUUUUCAAAUUCUGCCUUUUUGGAGGAGAUGAGCUAAGGGUGGGGAGUGGGGGUGAGAAGGAAGAAUGCAAUGCAUAUUGUUCUUGUCAGUUUAAGAUUCUGAACCUCUUCUGGGACCCAGCCCAAAGUGAGAAUUAAGGUUGUGGAGCCAAAGCUGAGCCACCCUACAGAGACUUCUCCAUCUGAGUAGAGAAUUAUCCUUGGGACAGUGGAUCCUGGGAUGUCCUACCUCAGAGCUGGGAAAGGGGAGGCCUGUUCAAACCAGCUACACAGACACAUUUAGGGGGUCCAGUGUGCACUGCGAGAACAGCUGAGCUAGCCUGGUUACCAAAGGCUAACAGGCAUCUGUUACUAACAGAGUUCAAUGUUUCCACCUCUCAUUAAGUUGUCAUGAGUCUCGCAAUGUUCACUGAUUUUCUUAAAGCUCCAGCUCCUACAACUCAGAACCUCUCUGCUUGUUCUUAAAAGAAAAAAAGGCUGAAAAUGUGAACAAAGCACAAUCUCCAGGCUUGGAAACCAAAAAGUCAAAUGAAAAGAACCCCCAAAUGUGUAGAUUUUAAAAAUCUCAUGACUUUUUAAACUGCUCUCAUGAUUUUGGGGCCUGAUUCAUAAUAUCUGAAUGCUUGGGGUUGCCAAUACUACCCAUAUUAAUCACGUGGUGCUUGAACACGACCAUGCCAGUAACUGGUUACAAACUCUUCUAACAUUGUGGUAUGGACAGGGUAUUGUACAGC